AUGCACGCAUUCAUAUUUUUGGUAUUUGCCACAAAAAUUUCAUUAGCUCAAAUAAGUGGUGAGUUUUGGUGGUUGAAUGAUAAAGUGGCCAAGUUAAAAGGAAAGGAAGCUCCACCACCCAAAUUUGAAGAUAUAAGUGAAUUUGAUACUGAUGAGUCAGAUAAAAUUGUAUUCAAAGAUAAUUACGACGAAAGCUGGAAACCAAUAAUACCGACGAUUGAAAAUAAAAAUAUAACAAAAAAUGAAAAGUGGAAAAUAGAUAAUAAUUUUAAGAAUGAAAAUACAAUAUUUUGGCCCAGUGAUGAUAAGUACAAGAAAAAUCUCAAACUGAAUACCACCAUAUUCACAGUUAGUAAUGAAUCAAAAAAUAACGAUGAGCUUAACUUUCACUUUCCUGAAGAAAAAAAUGUAUGGAAAAAUGUGCUCGACAAAAAGAAAAUGCCAAUGGUUUCCAUGCCAGAAAAGGCUAAUAGAAACAUAUCUGAUGACAUACAAUUCAAUACAAACAAUAAAAUAGUACCGUACACGGAAAAUAUCUGCUCAUAUAUGAAGAAAAAUGAAUGUUACCGCAAAAAUGGACUCAUUUAUAAACGAACCCUAAAUAAAUCUGAAAACGACUUCCAAUUGAUCUGUUGUAUAUUGCCAUUGAAUCAAGGCCCAUCAAAAAUUAUAUUUCCCGACACAACUUCAAGACAUAACAAACGAAAUAAAAGAUCUGCUAAAGACAGUGCAAAUGAAGCAUUAAACCAAAAAAACUUUUUAUUACGACAUAAAUAUACACAAUUUACUAAUAUUAAAAAAAACAAACAGCAAAGAAAAAUUCUCAUAGAUGAUGAUUACGAGGAUCCGUAUUGGAAUAUAAAGAACAGACGCCCAAAAUAUCCAAACACUUCAAUGAAACCCGUAAACUUAAAAAAUAAUUGUCAUAAUGAGGAUAACGUGGAAGAUUAUAUUGUAGAAUUACCAAAACCUGGACUUUUAGGGAUAUAUCAUGACGAUGGACGUCCUUUUGGUUGGACUAAUUAUAAUAAUAGGCCAUCUUAUGAAGACUCUGUCGACGACUAUGAAUAUGAUGAUGAGCCUGGUUAUUCUAGUACUAUAGAUCCAAGACGAAGUACUUCAGCGAGUAUUCCCAAACGUGGAAAACCACUAAAAAUUUCAACACCAAACGAACCCCAAUAUAACCCUGAAAGUCAAACUGUCAGUUACCAAUCUAAUCCCGAUUUCCAAGUGUUACAAGGUUUCAAACUCCUAAAUUUAGCCAGAAAUAAAAACAAGUUUUACUCAAACAAUCUGAAAAAAAGUACGACUGAGAGUUUCGUCGACAAAGUUAGCGAAGAAUCGUUAAUUAUAGAGUCUAACACGGAUAAUGGCAAUGCGGAUUUUAUACAGAGGCAAAAGUUCAAGAGUUGUGGAAAAGUGUUAAUUACGCUUAACGAUUUAAAUGAACAACAUAUGGGAAACGCCGAGAAUGGUUCACAUCCUUGGCUCGCUUUGGUAGUUCUUACAAAGCAACGACAGGGAAUUCUAUGCUACGCUUCUAUUAUUCAUCCUCGAGCUGCCAUAACCUCAGCGGAUUGUGUCUAUAGAAGAAAAUCUGGGGAUAUUACUAUAGUUACAGGAGUAUGGGACUUAAAAGACAGAUCACGUGCGCAAAAUCGAGUCACUACUUCAAUUAUACAUCCCCAAUAUAAACCUGAUGAUUUAAACCACAAUAUUGCAUUAAUGCAUUGGACGCAACCUUUGCGUUUAAAUACCAAUGUGCAGCCGGCUUGUCUCGGAGACUCACGCUCUGACCAUGACUGUAAAAUAUUCGGAUGGGGCGGAUUUGAUCAAGCAAUUCGUACCCUCUCACGUUGGCAACGGGCUUCCAUUUUGAGGCCACAAGAAUGCCGUGCGCGAUUUUCGUCCGAUAAAGCAAGAUUGAAUCUUUCAAACGAGGUCUUUUGUGCUUCUGUACAAGCACGAGGUACUGUGACAGGAAUUGGCGGUCCGUUGAUAUGCAAUAUGGAAGGACGUUACACUAUCGUAGGCGUGGCAGUGUGGCGAGACACUGUGCUUAUAAUGUUGCCUGUCUACGAGUGGGCGAUACGGACAUUAGAAUCCCUGUUCGGCUGAAAAUAGACUAGUUGUUAAGA